GCCCGUUAAUGGCGGUGGCCUGAGAUACUUAUCCAAAUUUCUCUUCCAUUCCAUACCCACGACAAAAAUUAAAAAAUUGUCUUAAUCUGCUUAAUUAAUUUACAUCAAUUAUCGGUAUAAUUUUGUGUGUGUGAUUUCGGCUCAAGCAAAUCCCUCUGUGUGUGUGUGUGUGUGUGAAAGAGAGAGAGAUGGGAAGGGUAUUUGUGGUGGAUCUUGAAGGCAGGACGUACAAAUGCAAAUUCUGUAAAACCCCUUUAGCUCUUGCUGAUGAACUUGUUUCCAAGGGAUUUCACUGCCGCAGGGGGAAGGCAUACCUCUUUAACAAUGCAGUAAACAUCACAGUAGGAACUCUAGAGGAGAGAUCGAUGCUUUCUGGAAUGCAUACUGUGGCCGAUAUAUUUUGCUGCUGUUGUGGACAAAUAGUGGGCUGGAAAUAUGAGGCAGCGCAUGAGAGGAGCCAGAAAUAUAAAGAAGGAAAAUUUGUUCUUGAAAGAGGAAGGAUUGUUGAUGGAUUCGAUUCUGAAUUCUAUAUCGAUACUCAUCCAACUAUGAGUGAUGCGGAAGAUGCAUAGAAUUUAUCAUCCUUCUAGAUGAUAAUAAAUGUUACUUGAUGCUGUCGAGAGAUGGCAUGUGCAUGUAGAUUAAAACUAUGAAACUACUGCUGAACAGUUUUUUGUGCUUGUAUCUGAUGGAUAAGAGGUUAGCAUUAUCAGUACUUCAUAUUUAUAAUUAAUUAGAUCAUGUUUUAAGGAUCAUUUGGUUA